CCUGUGCCAUCGUCUUCCGCGGAGACGACGACGACGACUCCACGCGCGCCGUCGGUCAUCAAUCGCGAGAAGAAGGAAAGCGACGCGCCGCUGUAAUAAUAACAAUUAUUAUUAUUCCCGUCGACGAUCCUGCGCGCGCGACCACCACAGAUAAAAAUAUCGUUACACAGCUGCUGCAGCAGUCCGCGCACGAUACGCGAGUCGCCGGUAAAACAGUAUACCUAUCGUAUCGCCGCGCGCAGCGUCACACAAUCGCCACCGGUCCGUCCGGAACAACGGGUCAUUGAUUCGGUCUCCGCCGCCACCGCCGAUUUCUGCACUUGUACGUUUCGUCUUCUGAGUCUGGUUUUUUUUUCACACGUUCAAAAUUCGAGAAUUUUAUAUCGCUAUUAGAUUUUCAAAUUGUACACAUAUACACGAUUCGAGUUUUCCACGUCCGGUACGCCGUUUCGAUAAUAAUAAAAAUUGUAUACCUAUAAAUUAUAUUGAUAUUAUUGCAUAAUAGUCAUAACGCCGGAAAUUCGCACGCAUCGUGCCAUUCGCCGAUAUUAUUAUUUGAUAAUAAUAUACCAUUUCAGUGGAGUUCUGUUCGACGUCGCAUAAUCUGCGUCAAAAAUCUCGCAGUCCGUUAGGUUUGAAAAAAACAGAACGAUCGUCUAUCCCUAUGCAUCAAUGACUAUCAUGUCGAGACGAACCGCGCCAUGCGGUUGAGGAGACAUCAACGACAGUUAAACGAGAAAACAUUAUUCAUCAAUUUACUCUACUGUGCUGAUAUUGAUCGAUAGUCGUGUUCUCGCUGAAAAUAUAUAUAUACCUAAGUUGCGGUGCAGUAGUCUUCAAAACUAGGUAUUGGAACAACCAACUAUUUUUUGUCACCAGAUUAGAAGACACAUCAAAUCCUACAGAAUGAAGAGACAUGGCAUUUGUUCAGCAAUGAAGUCUUCAUACGAUAAAACAUUAUUACUUAAGAUGUCCAUAAUUGGAUUGAUCAUCAGCCAGAGUUUAGUGAAAUCGUAUCCCUCGUGGGAUACACCGACUACUCUUACAGUUGCAGAUUUUGGGCGCAAUAUCAGACAACUGCCUUGCGUCAGCCGGAGAUCCGGAGAGACGGGCGUGUGCAUGUUUGCUUACUCGUGCGCCAAAGCUAAUGGCACCCACCUGGGCACCUGCAUCGAUCGUUUCUACUUCGGAAGCUGCUGCAAGACCCAGUCGAUCACUGACAUCGAUGCAGCCAAUGAACCGGACAAUUACCUAAACAACGUGGAUAAUAAUGACGUAGCUGGUCCGUCCGCGACAACUGAUACAAAAACGGGCGCGCAACUGCAUCAGCAGCAGACGACUGCAGGCACCACCGCCGAUAGGUACAGCACGCUGAGGCCGAGCUCGUAUGCAACAGCAACAGGUUACCCGCCGUCCACUGCGCAGUCGUACAAGCCCACCGGUCAGUUCGCAGUGUCGUCCACUCCGUCCACCACCACGUCAACGUCCACGUCGCGCACCCAAUACACAGAGAUAUCCGUUUCAAGCAACACGAAGCCGACAUUCGCAAGCAGCAGUAGCAGCAGUAUCAGCAGCAGUUCACCACCGACCGGUUCUAUAUCGUCUUCGUACUCGACUACGAUAUCGCAAUCGACGAAGCCAAUGCCGUCAACCACUUUCUCAACGGCCAAGCCUAUGGUCAAGCCGUCAUCGUUCAGACCGCCACCGAUCAGAGACCAGGCAACCACCUCAACGGCCACAGCCACCGUCACCACGGCCGCCGUCCAAAAACCAAAGCCACAGACCGCGAGACCAACAGUCCAGUUCAGCGUGCCUAGCUCAACGACCGGCUCAUCGUACGAACCAACUGCGAAGCCUUCCACGACCGGUCAAUCGUACACCACGAUGACAUCGAUGCGUCCCGGCCCACAGCACAGCUCCACCGUCACGGCCACGUUCUCCACCACCAAACCCGUCGUCAAACCGUCGAGCACCACCUACAAAUCGACGAUCGCAUCCGCGGCGCCGUCCACGACGACCAUGUCCACGUCCGCGGCCACACAAAAGGUCAAACCGCAGACCAUAGCCAAGCCCGCUGUGACAACGACCAAACCGAAACCUACCACCGGCAAACCAGAUGCGAUCGGGUCCACUGUCGAAUCCGUGACUGGAUCUACGUACGCCGCUGGAACCACGUACGCGACUGGAUCCACGUACGCGACCCGCUCCACGGUUGAAAACGUCACCGAAAUCAUCUCAAAUUUCACCGCAGCUACUGCCAACGGUCAGAAUCAGACUCCAAGUUACGGCAGCACGACGACUGUCACGUCUACAUCACCGACUCUGGUCACUUGGACCACACUCGAUAAAGUCCCUGUUGUACCGGCUGAAAACACGAAACCACCGCCACCGAGCAUGACACACAAACCAUCGGUCACCGACGGUUCGACACUUCCUUCUUGGGUCAAACUCCCAGUUGAAACACAUGAACCCAACACUGUCAGCGCACCGACGAAAGAGAGCAGCUCUGGUGCAUACUCGUCGACGAUGACUAUGUCCAAGCCGACGACCCUCCCUAGUCCGUCCGACAAUGACAUUGUUGUUAUAAAUAACAAUGCCGAAACUACCUACACUAGCACGCAAAAUCCUUCAAGUACAUUGUCAAUGCUUAUGCAGUCGACAUCAACGGAUUCCGUUGAAGCAGGAAAUGCUCCUCUCAAUAUGUCUAACUACAAAGAUGUUUGUGGAAGACGACUUUUCCCAACGGCUAGAAUAGUAGGAGGUGAAAAAGUUUCUUUUGGCAAAUGGCCGUGGCAGAUUUCAUUAAGACAGUGGAGGACGUCUACGUACUUACACAAAUGUGGAGCCGCAUUAUUUAACGAAAACUGGGCUGUAACUGCUGCGCAUUGUGUUGAAAACGUUCCUCCAAGUGACUUACUCCUUAGACUCGGUGAACACGAUUUAUCAGUAGAAGAAGAACCUUACGGUUACGAAGAACGAAGAAUACAAAUAGUCGCAUCACAUCCACAGUUCGAUCCCAGAACUUUUGAAUAUGACUUGGCACUUUUGCGAUUCUACGAACCUGUAACGUUUCAACCUAAUAUCAUACCUGUUUGCGUUCCUGAGGACGAUUCAAAUUUUGUCGGAUCGUCUGCCUACGUCACCGGAUGGGGGAGACUAUAUGAAGAUGGACCUUUACCUAGUGUUCUACAAGAAGUAACAGUUCCUGUGAUCAACAAUUCCGUUUGUGAAACCAUGUACCGCGCAGCUGGAUACAUUGAACACAUACCAGACAUAUUUAUCUGCGCUGGUUGGAAAAAAGGAGGUUUCGAUUCGUGCGAAGGUGAUUCCGGUGGACCUAUGGUAAUUCAAAGACCAGACAAGAGAUGGCUACUAGCUGGUAUCAUAUCGUGGGGUAUUGGAUGCGCUGAACCAAACCAACCUGGUGUAUACACAAGAAUUUCAAAGUUCAAAGACUGGAUCAAUCAAAUAUUGCAAUUUUAACGGACAAGACAAACGCAACACUCGACAUUUCCAUCCAAAAUAUCAGUAUCAAGUUGGUCGGUUAUACGACCACAGUUUUUAGACAAUUUUUUUUUGUUCCUAAUGGUUUUAUACAGUACUCAUAGUAUGUUUUUUUCGCACGACUUGCAACAAAAGAACGUCAUGCGGGAUGGUCAGUUUAAGUGUCAUCGAUCAGUAUGAAUAGUUUCUAAUUUUGUUCGUAUACGUUUUAUUGCUAAUAGGAGAGAUGUUUUAUUUACAGCGAACACAGCCGUAUUAUAGAUCUCUGUAGACUAUUAACGUCAACGGACGCAAUUUAAUAGAACAUCUUUUUUAGAUAGGUAUUGAUUGACAUGUCUCACAUUGUAUACUUGUUAUAGUUGUUUUCACUAGAUGUAUGUCUCAUUAUUCUUAUACACGUGGAAGCACGCUCGUCUUUAAACUAUUGAAUUGUCCAUCAGACAUCAGUGUAAUACUUGGCAGAGAUCUUCACGAAUUGGUUUUGCUACACGAAGGACACAAUAUUGUUACGACUCACAAUGUUCCUUUUAUUUCAAACACCGUAAUACUAAAAAGUUAUACAUGAUGUAAUAGUUUUUACUAAGUGAAUACUAAUUUAAAUUUUAUAGAUAUUAAUCGUUAGACAAAAUGUUGAAACAUUUAUUUUGUAUAACACUAAGUGAAUACAAAUAAAUUAUCAAAAAAUAAUAUAGUCCAAUCAAUCAGCAAACAAUAUUGCAACUGAAGCCAAAAAUAUUAAUUAUUUUGCAACUAAACAUUUAAUUAAAUCGUUUAUUCGUGUUUACGAUUUCCAUAAUAUUUUUUUGUUCAAAUAGUGGUUGUUAAUUUUAUCAUUGGUUAAAUUUAUUAAUUUCUAUUUAAAUCAUGUUUUAACAGUCAAUUUGAAAUUUUAAGCAAGUAUGGUAAAUGUUCCGGUGGAAAAAUAUGAAUUUAAUUGAAUUUAAAAAUCACAUACGAAUUUCUUAAUAUUAAAAUACCAAUUUAAUUAAAUAUUUUUAAAAUAUCAUCUAUCGGACAUUUGUUUUAUUCUAUAGUUUAUCACUGUUUAUGUCUAUUGAUUUAUUAUAAUUUAUAAUAAAUGUAUACGUAUAUAUAUUAUUAUCUGUAGGUAUGUUUGUUGUUAAAUGCUACCGUAAGUACAAUUUACCGUUAACUGGUUUAUAUAGACAUAUAGCUUUUACUACCAAAACGUUAUACAAUUUGGUUUUAAUUUUUCUUUGACAACAUUCAAGUUCAUUCACAUGAAGAAAGCACCUACAUAUUAUAUGUUUAGGAGUUUGAGCUCAAAUAUACUUUGAGGGUGUUUUUUUUAAAUAUUUAUACUUAAUUAAUGGGAAUUAAAUUUUUUUAAUUAUCUAAUUUAUUAUCAUCAUUGUAAUUUAUUGUUAAUAUAAAUUUAAUUAAUUAAUUUAUGUAUUGUGAUAUAACUUAAUUAUAAAAUUAAAUAUAUAGGUAUUUAAAAAUAUAUUUAUUUUAAGUAUGUAUUAUGUAAUAAUAUUGUAAUAUCCUUAUAAUAUGCAGCACAUUUUAGCCAGUGCUCAUUUUAUUUAUAUUCAUAACUAGUACCCUAGGUAUGAUAAGUUAACAUGUUUCAGAGAAAUCCAAUUUAUAUUUUUAACUAAUUACACCCGUAUUUUGUUCUUAUA